GGAUGGAACAUUUGGAGAACGGUCCUAGUGUCUCUGUGGAUUAUAACACUUCGGAUCCUCUGAUUCGCUGGGAUUCUUAUGACAAUUUAAAUGCACAUCGGGAGGAUAGUCUGGAAGAAGUCGUACAUACUCAAGGUCCUCUGGAUGGAAGCUUGUAUGCCAGAGUGAAAAAGAAAGACUCAACAAACGGGAGUACCAGUACAGUCAAUGCUAGUGGCAUCCCUCUGUCUGCUGCCCCCAAUCAUAUUGAACAUACCCUAUCGGUGAGCAGUGAUUCGGGAAAUUCUACCGCUUCAACAAAGACUGACAAAACAGAUGAGCACGUGGCCAAUGCAGUCUCUAACCAAGGGUUGACGCCCGAGGAAAAAAAAGAGCUCGAAAGGCUUCUCGUUGGCUUUGGUUUGGACUCUGAUGCACAGAUGCACAACCUCAAUCCUGGAACAUCUGUUACAGGAGCAAUGCUGCAUGUAGUGCCGGCACAGGUGCACAUCAAUGGGAGCAGCAUAUCCUCACCAGCCGAAAGGGAGACAGACAUCCUAGACGAUGACCUGCCCAACCACGAGGGACACAGUGUUGGAAGUUUGGGUACACUGCCAUCUUUUGUUGGCACUCCUAAUGUUAAUGAUAUUGGCUACCAUCAGUCCCCACAUCUGAACAUGUCCAAUGGUCCGAGCACCAUGAACGGCAUAGACAAGUUGUAUAAGCAUGGCUACCUUGGUAAGGAGACCAUGAUAAAUGGUGGCUAUCCAUAUAACAACCAGAACAUCAUAAAAAACACAACCACCCCUUAUACUCAAGAUGUUGGUAACCAGAUGAGACCCUCAUUAUCUGUCCAGGAUAACAUGUCUUAUUACCAAGUCAACCAACCAGCAAUGUCCGACUGGGGACAGUCCCAACCAGACACAGAAAUGCAAAAGCACUUAAACUGCUACAACCCGAAUGGGAUGUACCGCUCUCUGUCCUUCACCAAUGCAGAACCGGCAAAGUGUGAACCCAGUUCCCAGUUGCCUCAAGCACCAGCCAGAAGUAUAAGCAGUCGAGAAGCUGUACAGAGGGGUCUAAACUCAUGGCACCAAGGCGGCAGCCGACCACCCUCCCGUCAGCAGGACGAUGCAAUAGAGAAUGAAAUGAUGCCCCCCACUUCACAGCCAAGCACUUUUCAGACUGUUCCCCAGAGCCACAGUAUCCCAGAGUUUCCCAUGAUGGCCUCCCAGAAGGAGAUUGAGCAGUCGAUCGAAGCACUUAACAUGCUCAUGUUGGACCUAGAUCCUUCAUUUUCACAGUUGCACAAGUCGCACAGUGUACCUGUUGCCCCAAAAGAGGACAGAACUAUGUCGGUAACAGGGUCACUUUCUGCCCAGCCAGCUCUGGCAAGUUACAACCAGACGUCUCCGCAGGUGGCAUCUCAGAGACCAAGCAAUGCAUACGGGCUGUCAUCACCCGGCAGCCUGCCAUCUGUCAGCCAAGCCCGUUCACCUGUAGAGCAACCACCAAGAUCUUAUUCGUCUGAACCCAUAAGACCACCUGAGACCACCAGGCCCUUGAAUGAAUACAGGGAACCAUAUUCAUCUGGAACCUAUUCCCCCUCUGGAACCUAUUCCCCCUAUGGAUAUCAGACUCAACAGGCUCCUUCGACUCUAGUAAGAAGUUAUAGCUAUGGAACUAGUGGAACUACUCCCUCAUCAUCCAUCCCACCACUCUCUGCUUUUAUACAAAGUCCUCAGCAAACUACUGUGCCAUCCCCAGCGCCCCCUGCUGUCAUUGCUCAACCCCAGGUUCAGGCCAGGGAAGCCCCGGAGGAGGACUACAGCCUGGAAGGACUUGUCGCCCACAGAGUUGCAGGUGUACAGACCCGUGACAAGACUCCGGAUGAGAUCGUAUGUGUGACCCGCAGGAGGACGACCAGUGAGGGGCAGUAUGACGACAAUGCCACCGACCACAUCACCCCCUCCAGCCCCACCAAAGUGCGCUCCCCCGUACGAUGCGUCUCACCAGAAGUCUUCAACACCAUUGCGGCCAAUCCAGGGGGGAGACCGAAGGAGCAACAUCUGCACAGCUAUAAGGAGGCCUUCGAAGAGAUGGAGGUCCCGCCCACCGCCACCAGCCCGACAGGCACAGUGGCUCGUUCUCCUCCAGGAUUGGCCAAAACUCCUCUUUCAGCUCUGGGGUUAAAGCCGCACAACCCAGGGGACAUCCUGCUGCAGCAGUCGGGAGAGAUGGAAACGUUUAUUGAUGGGUACGAGGAAGAACCCAGAAGUUAUGUUGAAUCGGUUGCUCGGACGGCUGCCCCCUCAUCACCAAGCGCACCCCAAGCCUACCAGAUGGACACCCUGACGAGGGGCGGAGGAUACCCCACCCCAUUCACAGCUCCGAGCCCCAUUUCUACCAGCAGCCCUAUACACAGCACUGACGGGGUGUCUGUAAGAAGCUUCCCGUCAGCAGAAGGCAGCGUCCAUAUUUCCAGUCCUGCUCAGCCAUCUGUGGAUUCUAGUUUCAGGUCCACCAGUCUGUCUCAGCCUUCACCACAGAGCAGUUACCAGAACACGUCGCCCACUCCCCCAUCCAUGACACCCCUUGCUGGGACCCCUCUCAGCUCUUAUGAAGGGUACUCCUACAGCCCUAAUAACGCCAUUACACAGACAGAUGGAUAUUCUGGAAUUCCAAUGAGCGCACUGACCGGGCAUGUGGUUCAUGGCAGCCCCCAACCUGUUCACAGAACAGUGGGCACCAACACAGUGGGCACCAACACACCACCCAGCCCAGGAUUUGUGCGAAGAGUGGGGACUCCUACUAUGUCCAAUGCUCCGGGAAGUCCAAGCUUGAGCAGACAUCCCCUUGCAGUACACGGUGGCAUUGUAGCAGCCCCGGGUAGUCCUAGCUUGGCUCGACACCAGGCCGCGAUGAUCGGGAGUGCCCCAGGGACACCUGGGAGCCCCAGCAUGGAGCGACAUGUCAUGUAUGCGUUUUCCACCCCCGAGGAACGACGGCCAACACUGUCACGACAGAGCAGUGCCUCGGGAUACCAGGCUCCAUCCACCCCUAGUUUCCCGGUAUCUCCUGCAUAUUACCAAGGCAUUGGCAGCCCAUCGUCUUCUUCACCAGACUCCACCCUGUACCGGCAGGGAAGCCCCGUGCCGCAGCCAUCACUGCCUGAGAAACGAAGAAUGUCCUCAGGGGAUAGGUCCAACAGCCUGCCGAAUUAUUCCACACUGAACGGGAAGACGUCUCCCAUGUCCAGUGGCAUGUCCAGCCCCAGCGGUGGCAGCACCAUGGCAUUUACACACACACUGCCCGACUUCUCCAAGUUCUCUAUGCCAGAUGGAAGUCCAGAAACUCGAGCAAAUGUCAAAUUUGUCCAAGACACAUCCAAAUAUUGGUACAAACCUGAGAUCUCCAGAGAUCAAGCAAUCACUUUACUGAAAGACAGAGAACCGGGCGCCUUCAUCAUCCGGGACAGCCACUCCUUCAGAGGAGCCUAUGGACUCGCCAUGAAAGUUGCCACCCCGCCCCCCACCCCUGCCCAACCCAACAAGAAAGGAGAUGCCACAAAUGAGCUGGUGAGACAUUUCCUCAUAGAGACAAGUCCCAGAGGAGUAAAGUUAAAGGGGUGUCCCAACGAGCCGUAUUUUGGCUGCCUGUCCGCACUGGUGUAUCAGCACUCCAUCACGCCCCUGGCGCUGCCCUGCAAGUUGGUGAUACCCAGCCGAGAUCCCACAGAAGAGCCCAGAGAAACGGCGACACCGACAAACACCAGCAGUGACCUACUGAAACUAGGAGCAGCCUGCAAUGUGUUGUUUGUUAAUUCGAUUGACAUGGAAUCACUGACAGGACCGCAGGCCAUUGCCAAGACCAUCGCAGAGACCCUGUCCGCUGACCCUCAACCCACUGCAACUAUCGUUCACUUUAAAGUCUCCGCACAGGGAAUUACCCUGACCGACAAUCAGAGAAAGUUGUUCUUUAGGAGACAUUAUCCACUGAAUUCAGUGACGUUCUGUGAUGUGGAUGCUCAAGAGAGGAAGUGGAUGAAGACAGAUGGGACUCCGGCUAAAUUAUUCGGCUUCGUGGCCAGAAAACAAGGAAGCACGACUGACAAUGUCUGCCACCUGUUCGCAGAGCUGGACCCCAACCAGCCGGCAAACGCCAUCGUCAACUUCGUGUCCCAUGUGAUCGGGUUACAGAAGAGAUGAGCUCCUCCCCCGCGUCCCGUCCGUGAACCAGCCUGAUAUAUGGAAUAUAGACUGAGAAGAAGGAAAGUGCAUAAGGGAAAAGGGAAGUGAUGGGGGAUCAUGUAACCCAUGGGGAGGAACAGCAACAAACCAAAAAACCGGAAACAAUAAUCAAACCAUUAAUGCAAAGGAGGGAAUGGGGGUUUUACCGCUUUCCUGUGAACAGCAGAAGUCGCCAACGUGACGGCUGAGUUCUCAUUGGCUCAUGGGUCGGCAUAUCCACAGCUUCAUAACAUAAAGGUGUUCAUUUUAAUUGACCAUACUGCAGAUACUAAACAAUAUAUACCGCUCUAUAAGUGCAUAUAUAAACCAUGUACACAGAAUUUAUAUUGUCUAGAAAUCUAUAAUAAUGAGGCUAUAUUUUGUAUAAACGCUUGGAUUGUAAAGAGCUAUUCACAUUUACUGCCUUUCUAAAAUCAAUGCAUAUCCCCAAUAUACGGGUGGAGAACAUUGGGAAACGUGCACUAAAUUCUAUUGGAAUUUCCAAUGACAGGUGUGACACCUAGUGGUGGGAAUGAGGGCUGCAGCCAUAAGAUCUGACGAGCUGAUCGGCCCUGGAUGAAUCUUCUCUCGUCUGAACUUUUUAAAGAGACAGUAAAUGGUUUAGCCUAUGAACCCGGAAGCUUCUAUCCACUAGGUGGGUACAAAGUGCACCCCGCCAGCAUAGCCAGGGGACCGGAAGACACAUCUAUUCCCUUCAUUUUACCUAAAUUGUAAUCACUUCAUAACUUCAUUUAUUCAUAUCAUAAAUAUCAUAUUACUCAAUACCUGAAAAUCUGGAGACUGUGCCUUGUAGAAACGUAUUCCUCUACUCAGAGAAUUGAUGAUGUCAUCGCUGUCUAAGGGAAUGGAUAAGAUUCUUAGUGAUGUCAUCAGUCUAUAGUGAGCGCACAGGCAGUGAUGUCAUCAGUCUAUAGUGAGUGCACAGGCUGUGAUGUCAUCAGUCUAUAGUGAUUGCACAGGCUGUGAUGUCAUCAGUCUAUAGUGAGCGCACAGGCUGUGAUGUCAUCAGUCUAUAGUGAUUGCACAGGCAGUGAUGUCAUCAGUCUAUAGUGAGCGCACAGGCUGUGAUGUCAUCAGUCUAUAUUGAGUGCACAGGCUGUGAUGUCAUCAGUCUAUAGUGAGUGCACAGGCAGUGAUGUCAUCAGUCUAUAGUGUGUGCACAGGCUGUGAUGUCAUCAGUCUAUAGUGAUUGCACAGGCUGUGAUGUCAUCAGUCUAUAGUGAUUGCACAGGCAGUGAUGUCAUCAGUCUAUAGUGAGUGCACAGGCUGUGAUGUCAUCAGUCUAUAGUGAGUGCACAGGCUGUGAUGUC